AUGAGCAGUCCCGGUGCAUUUCCCGAGUCGUUUGACCCCGACACGUCGCUGCCGCUGGACCCGACUGCGAUCCAGGGUGCCACUUUUGAUGGCGAGGAUCCGCUUCGAGAUCCCACCGUGGUCACCACGACCCGCAGACGACCCCAGGUGAAGCUCACGUCUGAGAAACUGUUGUCGGCGCGGGGUUUGCCACACGUGGCCAAACACGCGCCUAAGCACGCGCGGAUCUCGUCGCGCAAAUCCGCAUACGAAAACCUGUGCCAUUUCUUGCAAUUCUAUCAGCUCUGGGCUCACGAUCUGUACCCCAAGGCCAAAUUUCGCGAUUUCGUCAGCCUAUGCGACACGCUGGGACGCACCGACCGCCCGCUUCGCGAGUAUCGGCUGCAACUGCUGCAAGCAGAAAUGAGCGGCGAGCCGCUCCCAGAGCUGGACCACAGCACAGUUCAAGCUCCCUCGCUUUUCGUUGAUCCGGACGCAGAAGUCGCAUCUGCAACUCCGACGCCAGCGCAACCGUCGUCCCCCACGCUCGAUACGCAACCUUUGCCCGAAGCUCAACUGCCCUCCGGUCCUGACAACGUCGACGAAGAUGAAAUGGACGCACUCCGCGAAUUGGGCUGGUGA